GCAUAAGCAUAAGGCAAAACCCCCGUGAGACUGUGAGAGGGAUCAAAGAUUGAAGAUACGGUUCAUUUCCAAUCAUCUCCCCUAAUUAAACCCUCUCUUUCUUAGGGUUCCGUACCCUUUUCCGUUCAAUGUUAAUUUUCCGACUUAAACCCUAAUCAACAAUCACCGAUUUUAUCGACUUAUUUUCCGGCGAAAACAAUGGAUUCUUCAAUCACCACCGCCACCGCCACCACCACCACCACCGAAACCAUCACUACCGGCGUAAACACUCCGACGCCGAUGUCAAACGUCAAUGGACCACCUCCAUUUUUAUGCAAAACUUACGAUAUGGUGAAUGAUCCGACAACUGAUUCGGUAGUUUCAUGGAGUUCUACUAAUAAUAGCUUCAUUGUUUGGAAUCCUCCGGAGUUUGCUAGAGAUCUUUUGCCUAAGUAUUUCAAGCACAAUAAUUUCUCCAGCUUUGUUCGCCAGCUUAACACCUAUGGCUUUAGAAAGGUGGAUCCCGAUCGCUGGGAAUUUGCAAAUGAGGGAUUUUUAAGGGGCCAGAAACACCUGCUUAAGAAUAUUACUCGACGAAAACCUGCUCAUGGACAAGGUCAUCAACAUCAACAACAAGCAAAUUCACAGACUUCCGCUGUUGGAGCUUGUGUUGAGGUGGGUAAAUUUGGAUUGGAGGAAGAGGUAGAGAGGCUUAAAAGGGACAAAAAUGUGCUUAUGCAAGAACUCGUUAGAUUGAGACAGCAGCAGCAGUCAACUGAUAACCAGUUGCAAACCAUGGUACAGCGUUUGCAAGGAAUGGAACAACGCCAGCAACAAAUGAUGUCAUUUUUAGCAAAAGCUGUACAAAGUCCUGGAUUCUUGGCUCAAUUUGUACAGCAACAAACUGAGAGCAGCAAACGCAUAUCUGAAGCUAACAAGAAACGAAGGCUUCAAGAUGGUGUUUCUGUUUCCGAGAGUGAAAACUCAACCCCACCUGACGGACAGAUUGUGAAAUACCAACCUUUAGGAAAGGAUUCUGCUCAUGCAAUGCUCAGGCAACUAAGGAAUUUGGACACUAAUUACAACAAUAGCAACUCAGAUAAUCUCUACAUUGGUGAUUCAUCAUCUACUAGUGCUAUGGAAAAUAAGGCACAACCGAAUCGAGUAUCUGGAGUUACCCUUCAGGAGGUCCAACCAACUUCUGUAUCACCUUAUGUGAUCCCAACUUCUGGUGUUCCUGGUGCUGUUAUUUCUGAGAUAAAAUCAUCUCCUGUAAUGACCACUUCUGAAACUUUAUCUACUCCAGAAAUAAGUGGACUGUUAACUCCAGAAACUGUUGUGCCUUCUGUUGGUCUUCCGCAGACAAACAGUGUCAUGCCAGAAAUACCCUCUUUGCCUCGCAUUUUACAGAACUCUGUUGAUAUUCCUGGGGGAAAUUUUAUGUUAAGUGAGACAGGAGAUAAUGACUUCAUGGAUCUGACAUCCUUGGAGUUUGACGAGACUAUUCCACUUGAGUUGCCUGAUGAUUUAGACGCAUUGCUUGACGAGGCCUCUUGGGAACAGUUUUUAGAUCGUAACAAUAUGAUUCCCUGUGAUAGCAAUGAGCCUGAGAUGCCUAAUGUUGAAAACCCAACACAGGGAACAGAAGUGCAGCCAUUAGAUAACGGGUGGGAGAAAGGGCAAAGAAUGGAUCAGCUUACAGAAAGAAUGGGUCUUUUGAACUCAGAUAAUAACCAAUUAGAUUGAUUACAGCCACUUGUACAGUUAUGGAUCUUACCAUCCAAGGCUUCAACUCAGUAGGGAAGGCCAACUGAUAUAUGUUCCAUACUUUUUACUUGAUGAACAUUUUCUUACAGCUCUUCCAGAUCCCGUGUAGAACAGCCAUUUCUGGCUCAUACAACUUUGUUUGGCCAGGCCAUGGAUUCCUAUGCAGCAUUCUGGCAAGGAGUUAGCCAUCUUGUGAAAUGCUUCUUCCCAAUUGUAUUGAUAUUACUUUAAAUUUGUACAAGACAACAAAGCAUUUAGGUUUUCAUGAAAGUUUUUUACUCCCAUCUUUGUUGUAAAUUUUUUGCGUAAUUCUUUUGCUCAUGUAGCAUACUUGCUCCAACUGUGAACUUAAUUGCAGGAGGUAAUGUCUUCUCUUUCUUUUAGUUAUGGUCUUGCUGAUGUAUAUGGCUCGAGCUUUGACCUCGUCAUACCAAUAUAUGAUAGUUUAAAUCGA